AUUGAGAAGAUCUGUCCUCCCACAGACCCACCUUCAGCAUUAUAAAGGAAUAUAUCUUCCUAAUGACAAGCUCUCUUUGCAGGGAUACCUCAAACUUGGUUACACCAGAAGCAGCAUCUUCUGUUACAAAAAUUUAAGAGACACAUGAGAAAUUAGAGUGCUGCUUGCACAUCUCUGGACUACACUUACCCACAAGAUCCAGGGCAUUCACAAUGAGCAUUAGUGAAGACGACGUGGAGAAGUUUCUUGAUGGCAACCCUGCUUUUGCCAAGCAGUAUUUUGAGAAGAAACUAAAAACAGAGUCCUGGGACAACAAUGAGAGUGAAAUACUUUUUGAGUUGAUCCAAGACAUGCAAGAAAGCAUCAACAUGGAGAAAGUUGUUUUCAAGACCUUGAGAAGAAUCAGGUCCCUUAUUCAUGCUGACCGCUGUAGUCUCUUCAUGUACAGGCAGAGAAAUGGCACUCCUGAGCUGGCAACAAGGCUUUUCAACAUCCAAGAGGGAAGUACCCUGGAGGAAUGCCUGGUGGCCCCAGACUGCGAGAUUGUCUAUCCACUGGACAUAGGCAUUGUGGGCUAUGUUGCUCAGACCAAGAAAACCAUGAACAUCAAGGAUGUCCGUGAGUGUGCCCAGUUCAGCCCAUUUGUUGAUGAACUCACCGACUACACUACAAAAAACAUCCUUGCAACACCCAUCUUGAAUGGCAAAGACUUGGUUGCUGUCAUUGUGGCUAUAAAUAAGCUGAAUGGCCCACACUUCACCAGCUCUGAUGAAACACUUUUUCUGAAGUAUCUGAAUUUUGCAUCCUUGAACUUGAAAAUUUAUCACUUGAGCUAUCUUCACAACUGUGAGACUCGAAGAGGCCAGGUGCUGUUGUGGUCAGCUAAUAAGGUUUUUGAGGAACUGACGGACAUUGAGAGGCAGUUCCACAAGGCUUUUUAUACAGUGAGGGCAUACCUGAACUGUGACCGAUACUCAGUUGGUCUCCUGGACAUGACAAAGCAGAAGGAGUUUUUUGACCUGUGGCCAGUCCUGUUGGGAGAAGUACCUCCCUACUCAGGACCUCGAACCCCAGAUGGCAGGGAAAUAGUCUUUUACAAGGUCAUUGAUUACAUAUUACACGGAAAAGAAGACAUUAAAGUCAUCCCAAAUCCUACCCCGGAUCACUGGGCACUAGUUACUGGACUGCCAGCCUAUGUGGCUGAAAGUGGAUUUAUUUGCAACAUUAUGAAUGCUGCUGCAGAUGAGAUGUUUAACUUUCAGGAAGGUCCUCUAGAUGAAUCAGGAUGGACUAUCAAAAACGUUCUCUCCAUGCCAAUAGUGAAUAAAAGGGAAGAAAUUGUUGGUGUUGUCACAUUUUAUAACAGAAAAGAUGGAAAACCAUUUGAUGAACAGGAUGAAACCCUCAUGGAGUCCUUGACACAGUUCCUGGGUUGGUCUGUACUCAACACAGACACAUAUGAUAAGAUGAACAAGUUGGAGAACCGUAAGGACAUUGCUCAGGACAUGGUGCUCUACCACGUGAAAUGUGACAAGGAUGAAAUCCAGGAAAUUCUGCCAACACGAGAAAAGUUGGGGAAGGAGCCAAGUGAGUGUGAUGAAGAGGAGCUGGCAAGCAUUCUGAAAGAAGAACUCCCAGGGCCCACUAAGUUCGAAAUCUAUGAGUUCAGGUUCUCUGAUUUUGACUGCACUGAGCUAGAGCUGGUGAAGUGCGGCAUUCAGAUGUACUACGAGCUUGGCGUGGUGAAAAAGUUCCAGAUCCCGCAGGAGGUUCUGGUGAGGUUUGUGUACUCUGUCAGCAAAGGCUACCGGAAGAUCACUUACCACAACUGGCGUCACGGCUUCAACGUCGCACAGACCAUGUUCACGCUCCUGAUGACUGGCAAACUGAAGCGUUACUACACCGACCUCGAAGCCCUUGCAAUGGUAACUGCAGCUCUGUGCCAUGAUAUUGACCACAGGGGAACCAACAAUCUCUACCAAAUGAAAUCUCAAAAUCCUUUAGCUAAACUUCAUGGAUCCUCUAUUUUAGAGAGACAUCACCUGGAAUUUGGAAAAUUCUUGCUCUCUGAGGAGUCACUGAACAUAUGUCAGAACCUCAACCGCAGGCAGCAUGAGCAUGUGAUUCACCUGAUGGAAAUUGCUAUUAUAGCAACAGACCUGGCGCUCUACUUCAAAAAGCGAACAAUGUUUCAAAAGAUUGUUGAUGAGUCUAAGACCUAUGACAGCGUGACUGCCUGGACUGAGUAUCUGUCUCUGGAGACAACAAAGAAAGAGGUUGUCAUGGCUAUGAUGAUGACUGCCUGUGACUUGUCAGCUAUCACAAAGCCUUGGGAAGUCCAGAGUAAGGUAGCUCUCCUGGUAGCAGCUGAGUUCUGGGAGCAAGGAGAUUUGGAAAUAAGCGUCCUUCAGCAACAGCCCAUUCCGAUGAUGGACCGAAGGAAAGCUGCUGAGCUUCCAAAGCUUCAAGUGGGCUUCAUUGACUUUGUGUGCACAUUUGUCUAUAAGGAGUUUUCCCGUUUCCAUGAGGAAAUUCAGCCUAUGCUUGAUGGGCUGCUGAACAACAGAAAUGAAUGGAAGACCCGUGCUGAUGAGUAUGAUGCAAAAAUUAAAGCACUGGAGGAAGAGAAGAAAAAAGAGGAAGAGAGAAUGGCUGCAAAGAGAGGUGAAAUAACCUGUAAUGGAGGAACAGCUCCAGCUUCCAAAACCUGUAGCAUACUUUAGACAUAUUCACACUGAAAUAUAUGCCAUACAAAAUGAGAACAGCCAUAUAAAAACAACAAAAACAAACAAACAAACAAACAAACAAACAAACCCAACAACAAUUAAACAAAACCAAAACACAACCCCCCCAAAAUCAAAACACAAAACAAAAAAAUCCCCCCAAAAAACCCAAACCGAACCAAAUAAAAAAAAAGAACAACAACAAAAAACCCAACCAAACAAAAAAAUCACAAACACAAAACAAAAAAACAACAAACCAAACAGAACCACCAACCCCCCCCACAAAAUAUCAUGUUGUACAAAUUCCUGAUUGAACUAUUCUGAUGAUUUAUUAGGCUUGUGACCAGCCAGGGAAGGGCUAGAUCUUGUUUGCCUUAUUUGCAACUCUUCCUGAUGGUAGGCAGCCAGUUCUGUUUUGUCUCCUGUCCUCCAUUUGAUGCGCCUGAUAUCAGAUGGCAUGUGACAAGUCAGGACAACAUCUGGCCCAAUAAAUCAGGUUGUAAGAUUAUGAAAGAGCAUUCUUCCUGCACUGAAACACUUCUUAUCUCAAAGCUGAUGGGGAUAGUCCUGCUCCAUACAACCUCAUGAGACUGACAGUGAAUGCAAACAUAGCUUGCACUGUGGGAAAAAUGAAGAAGAAAUAAAGUUAUCAUGUCUAAGUCUCUAUCUCUCAGGAUAUCAGAAGUAAACUUGAGGGUAAGGAUAAAGCAUGAAAACUGACCAUAGUAAACCUUUGAACUGCUCUAAAAUAUUAUGAUUCCAUUUAAAUCCAAGAAACACUCUGACAGAUAAUACAUCUGCAUUCACUUCAAGAAUCUGGAUAGGUUGCUGUCCCAAAGCAUGGAGCUAUUCAUGCAACAUACAGUAGCUGCCUUCUCCAGGAGCAGGAUCCACACCGUGUACUAAUUGAAGCUUCAUUCUUUCAUGCAUCAUUUUAAGAAGACAGUGUUAUCAUUACCCAUUACAGUUCCCUUUACAAUUAACCAAGCCACCUGAGUUGUGAGACCUCAUAAAUUUGUUCUGUUUUGCCUCAUAAUGCUGUUAUUUAACACAAUUGACCAGAACUAAUUGUCCUUCCUUUCCUCCUCCUGCUCUGAGGUGUCUGGAUUUUAGAUUACACUCCAGACUUGUGACUCUUAUUUCAGAUGAAAGUUACUUUUCGUGUUUAUUCAUGCAAAAAUAGAACAUUCAAUUACACUCUUGUAGUAGUAGACACACCCUGAUGUCCUGCUCCCUCCCCCACCCCCUCUUUCUUUUUUAAAAUUGUUUGGAGAUUUGUUUUGCUGGGGAUUUUCUUCUUCUAUUACUCCUGUUACCUUCAGGAUUCUUACCCUUCAGUAUAUUGUUUUGCAUUACAAAAAUGCUGCAAGUAAAAGGAAAACUAGAGCUGUGGUGGUACCUGGUGAUCAUUUAUCUGUUUCAAUGCAGUAAGCAAGAUCUAA